AUGGAUAAAACUUGGGUCUGGUUACCAAGGAAUAGUCUUGAGUAUGAGCUAGGAGCAACUAAAUUUGUGUUUGAUUCAGCAAGAUGUUUGGGUAAUCUAUCAGAUAUGUUUUGUCCUUGCGUUGACUGUCGCAAUGUGGUUCAUCAGUCAAAUGAGACAGUGUUGGAGCAUCUGGUUAUUAGAGGGAUGGAUCUAAAGUACAAGAGAAGUAAAUGUUGGAGUAAACAUGGGGAGAUAAGGAAUGAAAAGACAGCGGAUGCUGAUACAUCUGAGUACGAGGCUUUUGAGUUGAUUAGGACAGCUUUUAAGUCGAGUGAAGGCAAGAAAUUGUCUGAGAAUCACAGUGUAGAAGAGUUGGAGGGUAUUGACAGUAAAGAGGAAAUCGAGUUUAGAAAGAAGUUAGAGGAUGCAGAAACUCCCUUAUACUCGACGUGUGCUAACUACACAAAGGUUUCUGCAAUCAUGGCACUUUACCGGAUAAAGGUCAAGAGUGGGAUGUCAGAGAACUUUUUUGAUCAGCUACUGACAAUAGUACAUGACAUGCUACCUGGAGAGAAUGUGCUGCCUACGUCUACGGAUGAGAUGAAGAGAUUUUUGAAGGUUUUUGGUUUUGGUUAUGAUUCCAUUCACGCCUGCAUAAAUGAUUGUAUCCUUUAUCGAAAGCAAUAUGCGGAGUUAACAAGCUGUCCAAGAUGUGCUGAAUCAAGAUGGGAAACAGAUAAUAUAACCGGUGAGGAGAGGAAAGGGAUUCCAGCAAAGGUGCUACGGUACUUUCCAAUAAAAGAUAGAUUUAGGAGGAUGUUUAGAUCAAAACGGUUGGCUGAGGAUUUGUGUUGGCACUUUACUAAUGCUAGUGAAGAUGGUACAAUGCGGCAUCUAGUGGACUCCUUGACUUGGAUCCAGGUAAACGAUAAAUGGCCAGAGUUUGCUGGGGAUGCUAGAAACCUUAGACUAGGAAUUUCUACUGAUGGGAUGAAUCCGUUCGCUAUCCAAAACACCAAAUACAGCACAUGGUCGCCGCUGAUAGAUGACCUAAAAGAGUUAUGGAAUGAUGGUAUGGAGGUUUAUGACUCGUUUAAGCAGGAGAGUUUCACUCUAAGAGCUAUAUUGUUGUGGAGUAUCACUGACUAUCCAGCAUUAGGUACAUUAUCUGGAUGUAAAGUGAAAGGGAAGCAAGCGUGUAUUGUCUGUGGGAAGGAUACACCUCAUAGGUGGUUAAAGUUCAGCCGCAAACAUGUAUAUAUGGGUAACAUGAAGCGUUUGAGACCUGGGCAUCCUUAUAGACGUAAGAAAGGGUGGUUUGACAAUACGGUGGAGGUUGGUACUGCAAAUAGAAUUCAGAGUGGAGCAGAAAUACUUGAGAGCCUUAAAGAUUUUAGGAAUGAAUUUGGUAGACCUUUAGAUAAGAAAGGCAAGAGAAAAAGAGUUGAGGCAGAUGUUGAUGAUGCGAGUUCAGCUGAUGAAUAUGAAGAAGGCGAUGAUCAAUGGCGGUGGAAAAAAAGAUCAAUCUUCUUUGACUUACCUUAUUGGAAGUAUCUGCCUGUGAGGCAUAAUAUUGAUGUCAUGCACGUGGAAAAGAAUGUGUCUGAUGCACUAUUACCUAUUCUGAUGCAUAGUGGAAAAUCCAAGGAUGGGUUGAAAGCAAGGAAAGAUUUAGAAGACAUUGGUAUUCGAAGCAACUUACAUGCGGAGAUACGUGGGAAGAGAACCUACUUACCUCCAGCUGCGUAUUGGCUUUCUAAGGAGGAGAAACGUAAAUUGUGCAGAAGGUUAUCCAAAUUCAGAGGUCCUGAUGGAUAUUGUGCCAACAUCUCUAAUUGUGUGUCAGUAGAUCCUCCCAGCAUUGGUGGUCUCAAGUCACAUGACCAUCAUGUCAUAAUGCAGAACCUGUUUCCGGUGGUUUUGAGAGGUUUACUGCCUAAAGGACCUCGUAUAGCAGUGAAUCGAGUAUGCAAUUACUUCAACAGGCUGUGCCAACGUGUAAUUGAUCCAGAGAAGCUAAUUACACUAGAAUCAGAGUUCGUGGAAACAAUGUGUCAGUUGGAGAGAUACUUUCCACCAUCUCUUUUUGACAUUAUGUUUCACCUGCCAAUACACCUAGCAAGAGAAGCACGCUUGGGUGGCCCUGUACACUUCAGAUGGAUGUACCCUUUUGAGAGAUACAUGAAGACACUAAAGGCAUAUGUGAAGAAUUUUGCAAGGCCAGAAGCUUGUAUGGCUGAAGGCUACUUGGCUGGUGAAUGCCUUGCGUUUUGUUUAGAGUUUCUUCAGAAGUCUGUUCCAGUUGAAGAAACACUUGCUCGCAAUGAAGAUGUUGAGGUAGAUGAACAUGUCCUUGAAGGUCGACCACUGCAGAAAGCCACAGAAAAGAUUCUCACAGAUAAAGAGCGAGACAUAGCUCAUCGGUUGCAUUUGGAAGAACUGCAAGCUAUAGAUGCAAGAUGCGCAAAGAAUUCAACUCUAUUAUGGAAAUAUCAUAACGAAAGGUUCCCACAGUGGAUUAAAAAAAAGAUACCAAGUAACUCGAAGGACCAUUCUAGUAGGCUGAGAUGGCUUGCUUUUGGACCAAGACAUAUCGCUCAAACUUAUAAGGGUUUUGUAGUAAACGGCCAUCGCUUUCAAACAGAUGAUGUCAAGAGGAAGACUCAGAAUAGUGGAGUAACUUAUGAAGCAUUCUCUAUGUGUAGAGCUAGUUCUAAAGAUACGAGACAAAUGGCAGACAUAGUAGCAUUCUAUGGAGUGAUAAAGGAGAUCGUAUUGAUGGACUACCACAUGUUCCAGGUUCCAUUAUUUAGGUGUAGUUGGGCUAACAAAGGGAAUGGAGUGAAAGAGGAAGACAGGUUCACACUUGUCAAUCUCCAUAUGAAUCAGACAUCAUUCUUAAAUGAUCCUUUCAUUCUGGCAUCGCAAGCUAAACAAGUUUUUUACUCCAGAGAUGAUGAGAACUCACCUUGGUAUGUUGUUAUGCGGGCACCACCAAGAGGGUACAACAUGAUGGACACAGUAGAUGAGUUAGUUCCUGCACAAUCAUCAGUCCAGCCAAUUGAAGAUUUAGGAGAUCAUGAGACUGAUGAUGACAGUUUUUGUGUUAGGGAUGAUUGUGAAGGUGUUCUAGUAUAA